GAACAGAGCAGAAGAUGUGGAAGGAGAACGAAAAGGGAGAUGGGUCAGACCACCGCCUGAAUUGUUUGGGGACUGUGAAGUCCCUGGGUGAGAGUACAAAAGGCAAACCAGAGCAGCUGGCCAGUCCUGGAAAGCCCACAGAUACUAAGGAUUUGGGGGACCAUUUACAGCAGAAAUGCGAACAGUUCUUCUGGGGUAUCCCCUUUCUACACAGCGAGUCGCUGGAGGCUAAUGCCAGGGAAUCUGGUUCCCAGCAAGAGAUUCGCUCUGUCUCUUUCAAUGGACACUCUCCUGCCUUAUCAUUCCGAUAUCAGGCUAUAGUACGGCCACACAUUUCACCAACCCAACCCCUGCCUCAGCCUGUAGCCACAUCUCAGCCCUUGUGUCAGCCUCUGACCCCAUCCCAGGCCCUGCCUCAGCCUGUGGCCCCAACACAGGUCCUGCCUCAGCCUGCGGCCCCAUCCCAGCACAAUCUGGAAUACUGUUCUGUGGAGAAGCAGCGAGAAAGUGAGAAGACCUUACCCGCUAUGGUUAAAAAAGCUCAAGUCUUCAGCCCAGUGAGUCCAGUCCCAGCCCCCUCACCUACGUAUGAGGAAAUCCAGAACACCAUGGAAGAGACCCCACCUGGUGAUGGCCACGCGUACUCAGAGGCCCCUCUGACCGCACAGGUGAGCAGGCCACCUGCUCAAACUUCCACGUGCGUGUCUGUGGGCAAAAUGUGGCACAGUGAGAUGGCCGUGAUGGCCCACAGAGCCAGCCUGGAGAUGGGCCCAGGUGCAGCCACGGCCAGGAGUGAGUCAGGUGGGGAGGGUGGAGGCUGGGCCGCAGGAGUCCCCCACUGCAGGAUCACAGUGUUGGAGGGCAGCACUGGGUCCCCUUCUUCAAGUGCUGAUGAGGACGGGGGUUCGGUGGUGGCUGAGGAGGCCUCUGCUUGGAAAGUCACCUUGAAAUCCAGUGUGCGGGCCAACUCCCAAAUUACUAAUGUGGAUCUGAGGAGAUCAGGGACUCCAGGGGCAAAUAAAAUCCCAACACUGCCAAGUGUAAAGGGUGUGAUUCAGGAUCCGGAAGAGCCACGCCUUCAUGCACAGCACAGAGACUCUGAGCUCUGCGAGAAGGUAGAGUCUGGGAAGCAGCCUGCGGACAGUGUCCCUGCUGAGCUUCAGGACUGCGACGCUCACGCGCUCCUGCAGCACUCCCAGGCGUUUUUUGCUGCAGACUGUUCAGAUUCUCAGAGCUCUCCGAGCAGCUCGCAGAGCACAUCAACUGGGGACACAUCAGCUGCGCAUGUGUCAGGUGACAUCAUGUUGAGUAGAUGGGCCUCACAUCAGAGCCGCCAGGGGCUUAAGGGGUCCUGGAGACGGGAGGAGCCACAUCAGAGCCAGAGCAAGAUGGCUGUCCCUGCUGGUGAGGAAAAACACUGUAGGAGGACCGACCAAGGACAGCAUGAAAAAAGAUCAGCAGAACCAAGGGUCUCGCAGGACAAUGGUAUACUAAAUAAGGAUAAGGAAACAGUAGAAUCCUUAAGAAGCAAGCCCUGCCAGCUGGGACAGAAGGAGGAACAGGCUCCUCCAGAAAGCCACCUCACAAAAAAGAGACAGCACUUUCCACGGGGGAUUUUCUCCAGUGAACUUCCCCAGCAAAAAGGCAGGCCUCCGACAGCCACUGCCCAGAGCCAAGGACAAGAGAAUAGCAGAUCUGCUCCGGACAGCGGGGCUGCCAAGGCUCAGGGGAUUGCGACAGCAUCGUCCCCUGUGGGACGGAUCCUAGGUGAGAAAAUCAAACUUCAACAUGGACGUCCUCCCUCGGACUUAAAUUGGCACAAAGGGCAAUUCCAGGCUCCCGCAGGAGAACAUGGUGCCACAGACUUCUGGUACCACAGGCUUCUCUCCUAUGAAGAGCAAGGGAGGGCGACGAGAGAGAAACCCUGUAAUCUCCAGGCGACCCUGAAGGGUCACAGCAGUCUUGGCAAGAGCAGGCUGGCUAGAGACAAGGACGGCAACAGGGCCUUCCCACCCCAUGAGCUGGGGUGCCCAGCAAGGCCCCGCAAGCAGGGGCCAAGGGCGGCAGGUGCCUCAGCCUGCACCCUCCACUGCCCAAGGCAUCCUAUGAUUCAGAGAGAUGUGCCCUCGGUUCAGCGGGAGCGGGGUUUCAUGUGUUUCCUGGGACAACGUUUCUUCAUGAAAAGAUCCACAUCGUGUGAAGAACACUUGGUUUUCCUCAUAUCACCACAUCAACUCAGUGCUGAUGGAUUCUUCCUACCUCAACUUCUAUCAUUUCCCAAAAUACAUGCUUUUCUCUCAGGAGAGGUGGUGGCUUCUGUCUCUGCCCUGCUGGGGGAAGGGAAGGAGUCAGGGUCCGCUCUUCACACGCAGCCACCGUGGCUUCCCGAGAGGUGGAAAGGGAGGUUGAGGAUGCCUGUGGUGUGGCAUGCCGACAUGCACCCCUUGCCCUCGAUGCACCUUAGGUUUCCAUGAG